GGAAAACACAGAUCAAAGCUGAGCGGAGCAAAGCUUGGACAAAGGUCAUUGCUCCCUGUCAGGAGAGACUCUGUACAGGUGUGGAGGAUUGCUCUCCUCUCCUGUCUGCCGGCCACACCAGACGCAGGUUCCAAGAUUUUCAUCAUAAUUCUACAAAAUGCCAGAACUCAGUGAAAAAGUUUCAAAAUCGUUGAAUAAAACCACCCCUGGGUUGCAAAUAUGGAGGAUAGAGGAAAUGGCAAUGGCCCCUGUGCCCGAGAAAACAUUUGGAAACUUCUUUGAAGGAGAUUGCUAUGUGAUCCUUAUGACACACAAAACUGGAAAUAACUUCAACUAUGAUAUCCACUUCUGGAUUGGUAAAAACUCAUCAACAGAUGAACAAGGAGCGGCUGCUAUUUACACCACACAAAUAGACGACCAUCUUGGUGGAAAGGCUAUACAGCACCGUGAGGCUCAGGGCUAUGAGAGCGAAACCUUCAGGGGCUACUUCAAGCAGGGCGUCAUAUACAAGACUGGAGGUGUGGCCUCAGGAAUGAAGCAAGUGGAGACAAACACAUACAACGUAAAACGUCUUCUGCAUGUCAAGGGGAAGAAAAACAUUGCAGCAGGAGAGGUGCCAUUGGAAUGGAACAGCUUUAAUACUGGAGAUGUCUUCUUGUUGGAUCUGGGGAAAUUGAUCAUUCAAUGGAACGGCCCAGAAAGCAACAGAAUGGAGAGGCUGGGGGGUAUGAACCUGGCAAAGGAUAUCCGUGAUCGAGAAAGAGGGGGACGAGCCCAAAUUGGUGUUGUGGAAGGAGAAGAUGAGGGAACAUCCCCUCAGCUGAUGACAAUCAUGAGCAAAGUGCUAGGAGAGAGAAGGGAACUAAAGCAGCCCAUCGCUGAUGAGGUGGUAGAUAAGGCGAUUAAAACAUCAGUGAAAUUGUUCCAAGUAUCAGAUGCAAAUGGUAACUUGGUAGUACAGGAAGUAGCAACCCGACCUUUGACCCAGGAUUUGUUGAAUCAUGAUGACUGCUACAUUUUAGACCAGUGUGGUAAAAAGAUCUUUGUGUGGAAAGGAAAAAAUGCAACUAAGGAAGAGAGGCAGCAAGCUCUGUCACGGGCCCAGAGUUUUAUCACAGCCAAAAACUACUCUCCUUCCACAAACAUAGAGGUGCAGAAUGACGGAGCAGAAUCUGCUGUGUUUAAACAACUCUUUCAGAAAUGGACAACAAAGGAUCAGACUGCUGGUCUGGGCAAGACACAUAGUGUUGGAAAAGUGGCCAAAGUGGAACAAGUGAAAUUUGAUGCAGCUACAAUGCACGCCCAGCCUCAGAUAGCUGCACAACAGAAGAUGGUGGAUGAUGGAUCAGGAGAAGUAGAGGUCUGGAGAAUAGAAGACUUGGAACUUGUCCCAGUAGAGAAGGGAUGGCUUGGUCAUUUCUACGGUGGUGACUGUUACCUGAUUCUCUACAAAUACCUCAUCAAUAACAAGUAUAAUUAUAUUAUAUACAUGUGGCAGGGACGCCAUGCAAGUCAAGAUGAGAUUGCUGCAUCUGCUUAUCAGGCUGUAGCUCUAGAUCAGCAAUAUGAUGGGCAGCCAGUGCAAAUCCGAGUACCCAUGGGCAAAGAACCUGCACAUCUCAUGGCAAUCUUCAAAGGAAAAAUGGUGGUAUAUGAGGGUGGUACCUCCCGUGCUAAUAGCACAGAGACACCUCCAGAAAAUCGUUUGUUCCAGGUGCAUGGAACUAAUGAAUACAACACCAAGGCCUUCGAGGUACCUGUUAGGGCUUCAGCUCUCAACUCCAAUGAUGUUUUUGUUCUGAAGACAAAAGGCACCUGUUACCUGUGGUGUGGAAAGGGUUGCAGUGGUGAUGAGCGAGUAAUGGCUAAGAAUGUAGCAGAUAUCAUCUCUAGGGGUGAAAAGGUUGUGGUAGCAGAGGGCCAGGAACCAUCAGAGUUCUGGUUAACCCUUGGAGGGAAGAGUCAAUAUGCCAACAGCAAGAGAUUGCAGGAAGAAAGUCCUGACAUCAGUCCACGCUUGUUUGAAUGCUCCAACCAGACUGGAACAUUUGAAGCAACAGAGAUUUCAGAUUUCAACCAAGAUGAUCUGGAUGAAGAUGAUGUGUUUCUGUUGGAUGCAUGGGAUCAGGUGUUCUUUUGGAUUGGGAAAGACGCAAAUGAGAAGGAGAAAAAGGAAGCAGCUUUCACAGCUCAGGAAUAUCUCAAAAGCCAUCCAAGUGGCCGGGAUGUUAACACUCCCAUAAUAGUAGUGAAACAAGGUUUUGAGCCUCCCACAUUCACUGGAUGGUUUAUGGCAUGGGACCCCUUUAAGUGGGCUAAUAAUAAAUCUUAUCAGGACAUAAAAGCAGAGCUAGGAGAUCCCAACUCAAUUGACCUGAUUUCUUCGGAAUUAACAAACAUGGAACUGAACUCUUUUACUGCACAAACGACCUUUGUGUCACCAGCCUUUAAGAGUUUUCCAGCUGAAGAUCUGCUGAAUAAGACACCCGAUGAGCUACCUCCUGGUGUGGACCCAACAAAAAAGGAGGAAUAUCUGUCAAAUGAAGAAUUUAUUGCAAUAUUUGCCAUGUCUCGCUCUGAGUUCCAAGGACUGCCAGACUGGAGGAAGCAAAAUAUCAAGAAAGUAAAAGGACUGUUCUAAUGCCACAAACUACUGUUUUGUUUUUUUCUCUCUACUACUUUGUUUAUAAUCUUUUGCUCUCUACUCCAGCUUUUCCAUUACUUAGAGCUAAAGUUAUAUCAUUCCUUAUGUUUAAAACCAGAGCUUUUAUACAUAAAUAUAACAAUAAAAUCUGUGAAAAAAAUAAACACACUAAGACAAUAAAAAAA